CACUGUACGGUCUUUGGUGCCCUUAAAUAGAUCCAAAAUGAGCUACUUGGCGAAAAUUGACAAAUACCUGGAUUCCUUGAAAAUCGGUAAAAGUGCAAUAGUGGAUUCCUGGUUCAUGAUGUCUAGUCCGUUACCGAUUUUGGGCGUAGUCAUUUCUUAUCUUCUUUUCUUGAAGAUUGGACCUCGACUAAUGAAGAACCGAAGACCGUUUGAGAUUACGAAGCUAAUAAGCUACUAUAACGCAGCUCAAGUGGUGCUAGCUGUCACAAUAUGUUUGAAGGUGUUUAAACUGAAUCUUUUCAAGGAUGGGAUCAUUUAUGCAGGUUGCCGCUAUCCCUCGAACACCCAGAAUCCUUUGUUGCUGGAUUUGGGUUGGUGGUAUUUCUUCGCAAAAUUUACUGAGCUGCUUGAUUCUGUUUUUUUCGUAUUGAAAAAGAAGAAUAGCCAGCUAACGUUCCUCCAUGUAUACCAUCACGUUGUCAUGGCUCUCUACUCUUGGAGCUACUUAAAGUUUGCGGCGGGAGGUGAGGGAGCAGUUUUAGCACUGCUGAAUUCAGCAGUGCACGUUGUCAUGUACUCUUACUAUCUACUUUCGGGUCUGGGACCAAAGUAUCAGAAGUAUUUGUGGUGGAAGAAAUAUGUCACAAAGAUGCAACUGGGCCAGUUCAUUUUGAUGCUGUUGUAUUGCGCCUGUACUCACUAUUCUCCAAGAUGCCAAUAUGCACCUGGAUUCACAUAUUUUAUAUCGGCAAAUGUAGUCAUCUUUCUCUUUCUCUUCCUUAACUUCUAUUCUAAGAGUUACAGGAGAAAGAAUGGAACUAAAUGCCAGGAAUAUGAAACCACAUGUACAAAUAGCACCAACAAUAAUCAUACCAAUAAACUCAAUGGUACCAAGCAGAAAUGUGAGAAAUUUGAAAAUGGCUUCUGUACACCAAAUUGUUUGGUUGAUAAUGAUUUUGAUAACGUUGCUCAUGAAGUGACUAAAGCUUGUGGGGAUUACGUAAAAAAUGGAAAAGUUUAUCUAACAAGAAGAUCGGCAAAAGCAGCGUAUGGACCGGAUUUUAACUAUGAGAGUAUUAUUGCAAAGUAAUUUGCUGGGCCCAAUACUGAGGGACAAUGAGACUGAUGUAUGUGCUUUUUGUUACACGAUGAAUGAUAUUUUUUCGAUGAAGGGAAAGUUUUAUUGGUGAACUGAUUUAGGUUAGGUUUGACGAAUAUUUAAAUGAUAAUGGAUCGUUAUUUAAUGGAGUUCUAUCGGAACAUAGUGAAACAUAAUAUCAGCCAUAUAAUAAAUAAAAAAUUUGAAAUAAAAUGUAGGCAUAGAGAUGCUAAUUUAGUAGAUAUUAAGAAUCAUUUUAAAUAAAAUAUUAUAGUUAACUUAAUGGCAUUAUCAAACGUCAAUUUAGUAGUAAUUAAACUCAGGUUAUGGGAAAUCUAACGAGCAUUUAUUAGUGGCUAAUAAGAAAAUGUAGGUAAUGUAAUUAGGUGAAGGUACAAUUAAAUAUAAUUUAUCUUGUUAUCGAGGCGAGCCUUUUUGCAGUUAAAAAGAUAGUGUUGGCCUUUCUAGAAUUAGUUCUUACUAUCGCCACUAUUCUUUUUAAACAGUGUCUUGAGAGUGAAUGCAUAAUGGCUGCAAUGAAUCUGCAUUCUGUAAUCCUUCUGGAUGCUUCUAGCAGGAUUGCCUGACACUACUUAAAAAUGUAAUUGUUAAAAUUAAAUUGACAAGUGAAAAUCCUAAUAAGUUGGAUUCAUUGUUAUUAUGAAGUUUAAUUUUCAGUUUAAGAUUAUUAUGAUAUUAAAAACCCACAAGAUCGUUAGUAAUAAUAAUUGGCUACGUUUAACAAUGAAUUUAUAAGAUAUAUAAUAUUUAGGUAUAAUAAAUUUAUAAUGAUUCAAAUCUCGCUUAAAGCUGUUAUCAGUAACUGAUUAAUAUUAAAGCUUACCUAAUUCCGGCCAAUAAAACAAAUAUUUACAUUAUAAAAUAAGGACUUAAUGCUACAGUAUUUAAUAUUGUAUAAUACUAAUCAUACCUUAACCGAGAACAUACGUAAUAACAGAUUCCUUUAUUUCAUACAUUAGAAGUGUUUUUGUUUGAAUCACUGACCUCUACUGUGUACUACUGGACUUGCGGCUGUCAAAGUGCUUUUGUACCUGUUUGAAAUUCGCCAUUUUGGCGCUGUAGGCCAUGUAGCGAGAGUCUGCGAUUUUAAAACUAGUGGUGACAAACUCAGCAAACAUCGAUAGAUGGUGGGAAACAAUUUACAAAAAUAAAUAAAUAACACGGAAAACGAACGAAAUUAAUUCAUAAUGCAAAAAUACUUCAGACUAUUGUACGUUCUUUCGCAGCCAUUUGUAUUAUUCGUCAAAAUUAGUUGGACUCUCUCUCUCUCUGGACACUCGCGAGUGGCGCUUCAAAUAGGCACAAAAAUAAUUCUGUCAAACAUAUGGAACAACCUGUCCAGUGACAUUUAUACAGGUCAGUGGUCUGAGUUAUAUUAAGCUGUAUCUCAAGCCUGAAACAAUUCUUAGAUUUUCCAUUUAUUUUGAACUUGCUAUAUUACUCUGUAAUAAUUUUUUUUUUUCAAAUACUUCAACUUACUGUAUGUAUGUUAAUGUUAUAUACGUGCUUUGACAAUUUUUUACCUCGCUAUUGUCUAAGUUUUAGUAAUUUGCACGUUACGCUUUACUUAAUCUUCCAUUAUAUUGAAAUUUAAUCCUGUUUCUAUUACUACGGUUGCUAGUAUAAAUCUUUUGAGAAAUAAAAUAAAAUUUCCUAUUCUUACUUAAUUAAACUAUAUAUAAAUUUGUCCACGAUGAUUAAAGCCUUCCUCCGGUUUUCUUAUAUACUAAGAUAAUAUUUUAAUCUAUAAGAUAGCUUAUCAAUAAGUAUUUUAUAAUGUUACAAAUAAUAGGCCACGACAUUAAUCUGUCGUUUUAGAUAUUUACUGCAUGAUUUCUACACUGUAAGCUUCACAUAUUAAUAAGUGUGUGUAUGAACGUACAGCAAAUCUGUCAAUUUUUCGAAACAAAAUUUAAGCUUAAAAAUGUAGUAAUUUUCUGGAUCCCAAUGUAAAUGGUUUUUUUGUAUGUAGACCAAUUCGCUUCCAAUUUCAUAAUUUGUUUUCUAUUACGUUAUGCUUCAGACAUUAUCUUCAAUACAAUUAGUACUUUCAACUUUCAAAUUAUGAUUUCACACACAUUUCCUUGUUAAAUUGAUUUUCUCACUGACCCUAGUCAAUACUUUAAAUAAAAAAACAUUGCGUGCGUACAAAGUACACAUGUCAGAAGUGAAACCUGCAUGGUGCAUGAACCUCUUAACUGCAUAUGAAUUCCUGGUACGUGUUGCUAGGAUGACACAUGAUUUCAACCGCUAUGAAAGACAUUCCUACGACCACUAAUAUAUAUAUAUAUAUGUAAUAAUAUGUUCUCCUGGUGUCUAUGUAGUAAAACGUCGUGCGCUUGGAGUCAGAAUAUAUUAAGGUAUACUCGCGCCAUACCUAAGACAAUCACUUCUUUAACUAUGAUCGCCUGGUACCAAAACAUUGUAUUAUGCUUCCUAUCUCAUUAUCUCCCAUGUUAAAUAUUAUGAAUUGAUGUGACUGCUCUUUUUACUGUCGCUUUUUGUUUCAUCGACUUUCAAAUAACAACGACGAAAAAGACGUUUUCACUUCAAUAGUAUGCAUAUUCCUGUCUCAUUCUUUGCCGGCUUCAUCCUACACAUUUUUGUAUUUGUGUCUCUUACCUGUCGUUUUUUCCGUUGCAUCCGGUUUGAAAUCACAACGAUUCUAAAGAAGUUUCACUUCAAAAAUUAGAGACAAUAAUCAUUCUAAUCCGAAAUAACAUUGCAAGAUGUAUUGUAAGAAUAGGGAUCUACAAAACAGAUAAGGGAAAUUUCUUACAACAAACAGUUUUGUAUUUAAUCAUUCAAUAUUAUUGAAUUCGCUCUAUAGCGGUAAUAAACGAAAUAUCAUUCUACAAUGAUAUUUUUUAUGUCCAGACACUUAACCUUACAAGCAAUCAAUAAAAUGGUUAUUUACGUCGGGCCAGUAAGAAAGAAUUGGGUUCAUAGGUGCGUGGUCAAUUGAAAUAAGCAGUUUGAAUUUGUUUUGUAUAACAAAAAAAUAUUACCAUUUUUGAACUAUAAACUUCUUCAGCGGCGUUAAGCAAUAUUCUUGGGGUGGGUAUAAAAUGUUACUCGCGUCAGGACACGUGACCUGGUGAAAUUCGUAAUACGGUCGUUGAAAUUAUGGAUGAAAUUUUUCUUAGAGGUAAACUUUUUGAUGUAAAAUCAUUGUAAUAAUUCUGUAGUGUUUAAUUUUUGAUGUAUUUAAUGAAUAUUGUUUAUAACCACAUAAAUGUUAGUACUUUUGUAUUGAUAAAUAAUGUAGUUCAUGCGAUAUUAUUCCCUAGCCAUUCCAAAAUAUUCAAAAAUGUAUAAAGUUAAUGUUCAAGUUUUCACUUCUGCCGGCACUCCCGGAGUGCAGCGUAUUUUUUUAACAUACAAUUCUACAGCGACGCUUAAAAUUAUAUAUUGGUAUAUUGCAGGCUUAGAAUAUUUACAUUGUAAGUCACGGCAACGAUUUUUUAACUGAUUGUAAGUUUUCCUUCUAGAUAAUAUCAAAUUAUCUACUGAGAAUAGUAUUAGCAUUAAAAUUUGUAAGAUUGGCUUAGCUGUUAGGUUUUAUACAGAAAUGCAUACGUGGCCGUUUGCUUCAUAAUAUAGGUGCCACUUCUAAAGUCUUAUGCUAUUCCAGUCUGCAAAUAUAACCAGUUCAUCACCAUAUAUGUAUAAGGUCACUUAGAGAUUUCGUUUCUUCACUGUUAGACGUCUCAUGUUAAUUAUUUGAAUAUAGCCUAGCGAAACUCUAUAAAAAAAGCGAUUCACGCGAUUAUAUGAAACGUGCAGUGAUUGAUAGAUUGACAGAUGACGGCUAUAAUCUUGUAAAAAACGGAGAUAGCCGAAAUCCACUACGUUUCAAGUAACUGUUGGCUUUCAAACUCGCCAUACUGUAAUUACUACUAUUUCAAACUUAUGUCAGAUGACUGCACGUUUCAAACUAAACUAAACUUACAUUUAUUUAGGCAGUCUCGUUUCUUAUUUCGUAGUAUUUACAUCCUCUUUGGAAUAUACCUAGUAUAUCAUUGUUACACUAAUGUCAAUUUCAGGUUUUGCUUCAGUACGCUACACCUUCAGCUUACGUAAUUAUAAUAUGUUUAAAUAUGAUAGCGAUACAAACAUUAUUAAUGGUAAAUUUUUAAUGCCAGUGAGAUCAGACGCUUUAUAAAGAUAAUAAUAUGAAUCGCACAAUUAAAAUUAUUUUUAUAACUGUAAUUAAAUAUAAGACAGUGUUAUUAAUUGGUAUAGAUUGAUAAUUGCGUAAAAUAAAAAUAAAAAUUAA